AAGAUGAUGCCUAUCAUCGAAAUUACGCGUCAAAUAUGAAUAAUCUUAUCAACAUGAAGAUAAAUCUUAAUCAAAUAAGAAUCCGUUGUCUUACAUUAUACUUCCUUAUACAUGUAAGUACCAUGCACACAAGUGCCCUACUACCUAGUUGAUUUAUAAACUAAAUAAAAUCAGGCUUAAGAACGGAAAUCAUGGUUCUACCAUUCAAACUAUUCUUCUUCGCGUCAAUCCCAUGUUGUGCCUUCUUAGGUACUGGCAGUUCACCAUCAAAAUUUGGAUAUCUUGAAAUCGUAGAGUCCAUUGAACAAAAAUUGAAGCACUGUUCUAACGAUAAGGAAAGAGCGGAUAUUUUACUUCGCAAUCUUAUCGAUGCGCGUCUCUCAAACUGCAUCCAAUCUGCUGUCCAUAAUGCUGUCCAAAAUGUUGUCCAAUCUGCUGUCCAACCUGUUGUAAAUACUUUGGUGGAAAAAGUUAAGGAGCAUAAUAUCGAACUCGACCAUUUAAAGCGCGUGAAUGAAGUAUCGGAACCAUUGUUCUGCGCAUGGUUAACAUGCCAAGCCUUGGCAAAUUUGGAAAUGAAUGCAUUUCCCCCUGUCCUGUACCAUAACCCAAACUUGACCAGAUAUACAAAAUGGGAGCUAGCAUUAGUCUUAUACCGAACUCCAGUAUUGAAUGUAACUCGUGCAGCCCUUGAUGAAAGUGCACUAACACCUGGACAGUUCGCUUUCGCAGUGAACAGUUUACAUUCGUUGUUCUCGGUCCAGUUUCCUCGUCCGCAGUUAUUGAAGUAUCGUUUGCCACGUACUAGGGCGAGUAUUGAAAAAUUUUGCUCCUUUGUGAAUGAUUUAAAACUUGGUGCAUUCUUAUCCGAAGAUCAGCUGUCUGAUGAACAACGUGAAACUGUGGUGAAUUCGUACAGAGGAGCUGCACAUUUGGCUUGCAGGACUGCAUUUACGUAUACCGAACUGCUUACUGACCCUAAACACGAGCAAGAGAUCAUGAAAGUUGGAGCUGAUCGCUUUUCAGCUGUCAUUAUUAUUCGAAAUGCGAACCUCUCGGAUGAGCAGACGGCAGAGGGUUUUUUGAAGACGCUGCUCGAAGAGGCUGAAUUUAAAAGUAACGUGGAGAAAAAGCAAGUUGAAAGGAUGCCUCUUGAACAACGGUAUUUCAAAGAUACCAAUGCUGAAAAAGUACUCGAUGAAUUUGACCUGGUUUUUCAUUUUGUAUGCAAAUAUAUACCGAGCACCAGCACCAUAAAAUAUGUAUCGGGCGAACAGGAUAACUAUGGACUUCGGAUCCAAAAACGAUUACAGGCUUUAUUUAGCAAACCCAGGAAGUCGAUAGUGUUAUUACCAUCGAUCACAGCAUAUCUUCUUCUGGAAUGAGCGUACCUAUCAUGAUCCCAGACCUUCACAACGCAAACUUUUCUAAGGAAAACAAUGUUAAUUUUUACACUGCAAAUUUGCUGAAACUAAUGUAAACUCCCCUGAACCAAAUUCCACUAUUUUCGAUCGUUCUGGAGCCCCUAGACUGAUUAUCGAUUUCUCCAGAAUUUAAAAAUUUCUCUGGAAGGAAUGAAAAUCAACUCGGACAGGUAAACGUUCGAGUUUCGGCUCUUUCUGAACCCAUUUGAAAACUCGUCUAAAUCAAAAUUUCACAAUUUCGAGUCAUUUUAAAGCCUCGAGAGUGAUUUUCGAUUUCUCCAGAAUUUAAAUUUUUUCCAGGAAGCGUGAAAACGAAUUCGGGCACCUGAAAAUAGAGUUGUGGUUUGCUC